UUUCCUUCAUUAAAACGUCCAUUGUUUCAAAUGACUUAUGCUGAUGCAAUUGAAUGGCUGCACAAAAAUAAUGUAAAUAAUGGCGAGGGAAAACCUUUUGAGUUUGCACAAGACAUUCCAGAAGGUCCUGAACGACAAAUGACUGAUACAAUUGGACAGAUUUUUCGACAUGGACAGCGUCUACCCACAAGUUUCCUAUCUUUUCCUAGCGAAGGAAAACCUCCCAGAAUUGUUCAAAAAUUGGAGAGAGGCGAAUUAACAAUUGAAGGGAUGAGGCAAGAAUAUCAGCUUGGAAAGCUUUUGAGAACAUUUUAUGGCGAUUUUUUGGGUGAAAUGUACCGGCCUAGAGAGAUAAACAUCAAAAGUGGCCGAGACAACCGAACAUUGACAAGCGCCCAGUUAUUACUUGCCGGCCUAUUCCCUCCUUUAAACGAACAAAUUUGGGACAACCAGCUUUUGUGGCAGCCAAUACCAAUCGAAACAGUUGAAAUUUUGGAUCAUCAAUCUUUUGGGAUGUUUGACCAUUGCCCUGAAGGGGAGAGGAAUUUAAAAGAGGGUGAAGGAUAUAAGAGGUUGGAGGGGUUAUUUAAAGAAGAAAUUGAAAAAAUGGAGGAAGACACGCAAAUGAAGAUUGAUGGAAUUUUUAUACUUCAACGAGUGUUGGAUAGCAUCGUUACAAGGUCAAAACUGCCCCAACUUCUUCCUUUGCCUGCUUGGGCUAACUCUUCAAAAUAUUUGGAAGAAAGAAGGAAAAAACAUUUAUCUCUUCAUAUUGGCCUAAUCGAUUUAUUUUUGGAAAGUAUGGGGGGUUGGCAUUUUGAUCAAAUUUUGGGAAGGAUGGAUGAUGCUGUUGGGAAGAGGAAUGAUCAAAAAUCGAUGUUGUACUCAGCGCACGACACAAACAUUUUAACAAUUGGACGCUUUCUAGGCAUUGAACACAUCAACUCAAUCCUUUCGGAUUAUGCCAGCUUUUUGGUUUUUGAAUUACACAGCAAUAAAAGUUUUGAUGGGGAAGAAUAUUUUGUGGAGAUAAAAUUCCGUAAUGGAUUAAAUUCAACAACAGAAACAUUAAAAAUCGAAAAUUGUCAAAAUCCCUGUCCUCUUGCAAAAUUUCGCAACCUCGGAAGACGCGUGACCAGUGCCCAAUGGAUGCGACAGUGUCUAGGGUCAGAACUUUUGGAUUAUCAAUGUGGAACGUAUGGACCGGUUGCGGCUGCUCUACUUCUACUUGUUGUAUUAUUAAUGGCUUCCCUACUUUCUGUAUUUCUUUCUUGCCGGUCUUACAAAAGGAAUUAUCAAUAUUUAUUGGAAUGUGAAGAAAAUAGUCCUCUUAUUAGCAAAAAUAAUAGAUAA